AAGGUCGCUCACACUAACAAGAAGAUGGGUCAAAUUCAGGACCUCGUGAUCAAAGGUGUCGUUGAUUUGGUGGAAGCUGAAAUAGCAUCUCAAUCUCAGACUCUCUCUGAUGACGGUGAUUCUACGGGAGCUUCAACCAACUUGUCUCUAUUGCAAAUAAAUGAGAUGGUUGAAAAGGCGGUUCCUAAAAGGAAAGGAGGCCGUUUAGUUGGGUUGGCCCGCCGUGCUUCUUCGUAUCCGGCAUCUUCUUCGCAAGCUCUGUAUGCCGAUCCCAUGAUUCUCGAGGAGCUACAUGACAAAGAUGAACGUAUUGGGGCAUUAGAGGAGCAGAACACCACUAUCCUUUCUGAGAAUGCCACUAUCCGUUCAGAGAAUGCCACUAUCCUUGCUGACCUGGCAUCCCAGAAGAAGUUCAACGCCGAGAUAAUGCAGAAGCUAGAUCGUUUGAUGUCUUCGAGUUCUUAGUUUUUUCUGCUUUUUAAAACUUUCUGAAUGUUUUUUUUUUCUAUUUUGUUUUCCAUGAAUUUUAAACUUUCUAAAUGUUUUUUUUCUAUUUCGGUUUGUAUGAAUUUAAAUUUUAUAAUAUUAUUGGUUUUAAAUUUCAGAUUUUAUUUAUUUAUUAAUUAAUUUUUAAUAUAAAAAAAAUAUAAAAAUGCAAAAUUAAUUCGUAUUUAAAAUUGAUAUAUUCCGACGAAUUGAGGGCGUCGGACUGUACGGACGAACGAUGUCCUCGGAAAAUACCGACGGACAAUGGUUCGUCGGAAUUUUCCGAGGAACCUUUGUCCGUCGGUAUUUUCCGACGAACCGUUGUCCGUCGGUAUUUUCCGAGGACUUCGUUCGUCGGUAUUUUCGGACGAACCGUAGUCCGUCGGUAUAUAGUUUUUCCGAUGAACUCUGGUCUCGUGUGUCCGCAUCGGAAUAUCGUCGGAAGUUCGUCAGAAUGACGUUUUUUGGUAUUCGUCAGAAAGUUGUCGGAAGGUCUGAAGAAAUUCCGACGAAUCCUUUUUUCCAACGAAAUGAUACCGACGAACUGGUUCGUCAGAAAUUCGUCAGAAUCGGUCUAUUCCGACGAAUUUCUGACGGUUUCGGCCAUCAGAAUCCCCCUGUUUUCUUGUAGUGGGAGACCUUCUCUAACGAAUAUCAACCCUCCAUAUAUGCUAUUAACGCCACUGACUAAGAUCAAGGUCGUAAGGGGGAAAAAGGAAUGAUUAUGAGCUUCAGAAGCAUGUUCCACAUUUCAAGUAGAGACAAAAAGAAAAAGCCAUUAUAACAAUAUAGGCUCGUUUGAAGCGUGUUUAAUUAACUAUUUCCUAAUUAGUACGCGUUGACGGAGAUCAAUUUGUAAUCUUUAUCCAGAUUGUAAG